AAAAAAGGGGAUAGUACUUAUUUCUUUUAUUAUAAUAUUAAAAUAAAACGACUAAGUAAUAAAUUAGAUUAUAAAAAACUUAAACUUUUCGAAAUUAUUAAAAAAAGUCUUACUAAUUAA